AUGUCGUUUGAAAAAAUGGAAGUGGUGAAUCCUGCUGAGAAGGAAGCGAGUGAGGUGCUGCAUUCGUUGUUAUCCGUGGAGCGCCGUAGUGUGGACAGUAAGGAGGCUAUCAUAGUAUCCAUACCUUCGGACCAGAAUGGUGGUGGCGAAUAUGGCGAAAGUGCACAAUGGCAUACACCGGUCAUGGGCCAACAUUCUGUAUUUGAAAUGGGUGCUCCACAGAAUAUGCAACAGCAACACUACAAUGGACACCAAGAACAGGUUCUGUGGCAAGGACAUACAAUACAAGUUGAGAAUGGAGAUGGUACUAUGCAAACUAUGUCAACUUCAUAUACUUUAGAGUUUGAACCAAAUGUCGAAGGAGACACAGGGGAUUUAGAUGUUGAAACAAAACCUAAAGUUGAGAAAAAGACUAUAAAGAGGAAGAAGAAAUCUGACUCUGAUAGUGAUGAAGAAGUUCUAGACAACAAGUUAGAAGAUAAUCCGUUACAGGUCAAGGAGAGGCUCAGAAGGGGCUGUGAUUGCAAAGAUAAUUGCUAUCGUGGUCUCAACCCAGAGGCAGUGUAUCGCCAUCGUUUAAAUAUUGCGGAACUGACUAAAAGUGAACACGAUAUGUACUUGAUGGGCAUUACAAUGGCCAGUUUAGCUAAUCCUGCUGAAACAUCCCGUCACAAAGUUAGGAGGAGGCUACGUGCGUGUUAUGUUUACCAAGGUCGCAAAGUAUGCUUAGAAGCGUUUUUAUACCUUGAAAAUGUUACGCAUUAUCAGCUCAAACGCAUUAGACAACAUGUGAUGACGCACGGAGUUGCACCUCGGAUACACGGUAACGUUGGUAAGAAGCCAUACAACACAUUCACUCUGGAUAUUUACAAACAUGCAACUAAUUUCUUAAAAGAAUAUUUAAAACAGCACGCUAGCUCUCCCAAAGACGUGCAACCGUCUGGCGAUGGCAAAAAAAUGAGCAAAACUGUUAUAAUACAAGGUGACUCUAGGAAGCAUUUAUUCGAGGCGUACAAAGAAUACGGAGAGAUAUUAGAGCCGGGUGUAAAAUUGAUGGGCUAUUCGACUUUCCGAGCUUUCAUGAAGGACCAAUUUCCUCACGUCAAAUUCGCUACAAAGAAGCAGGAUCUACCAAAAGAGAUGGUGCCAUUCAGAAGUGGCAAAUGCAUGUCUUAUGAUAAGAAUAAAGAUCCGGUUAGGAUACAACACGAGAAGGAGAAGGCGGAGGCGAAGAAAGCGGCUUUAGAGGCUAAGAAGAAAGAGGAGCAUGAGAGGGAACAACAGGAGAGGGCACAGCAGCAAGCGCAACAACAACAACAGCAGCAGCAGCAACAGCAGCAGCAACAACAGCAACAGCAGCAGCAGCAGCAACAACAAGUACAACAGGUCCAAGUACAACAACACCAACAGAUGCAGAGUGGCCCACAUGUGGUUAUACACCAACAACAGUCCCAGCAGGGUCAGAUGCAGCAGCAGAUGCUAGUGCCGCAGGUGUCGCAGCACCAGCAGGUGUUGUCGCAGCAGGUGGGCGGCGUGCAGCAGGUGUCGCAGCAGCACUGCGUGCCGCCGCUGGGCGUCGGCGACGAGAACGCGCAGCAGGUGGAGAUGGCACAGCAGGUGAUACCGCUCGCGGUGGUCCAGCAGCCGCAGCAGGCGUAUCUCGUCACGCCCGUGUCGCACUUCCAGACGCGCGUGCAAGGCGCCUGGUACAGACAUUGA